ACCGAUCAUUAGUUGACUCUCUCAGAAGAAACUUUCAGUUCCCUUUUUUAAGUCGAAAAGGGAGACUUUGUGAAGAUCGCUGAACGUCACUUUAUAGAAGAGGUUAAAACGCUCAGCCAAUUUUACAGUCUAAGGCAUUCUGCAAAUCGUAGGAGGUCCAUCAUGUACAGAGUUGUCAGAUCAAGACUUCUUCGCAUCUUUCUACUUCUGGUGUUGGUGAACCAAGUUUCACCUAUGAAUAUCAAAAUAGGUGCCUUAUACAGCAAAAACUCCGAAAGGCUUUUCAAGUUACUCGAAUACCUUUUGGCACACGAGCCACGGGAGCUUACCUUAAAAAAGACUUUCAUAUUGCAACUAGUGCCACUGAACGUUGAUGGUGAAGAUCUCCUCUCUCAAGAUGUGGCGAGGAAAUUAAGUUCUGUCUACGCUAUCAUUGACCUUGAUUGUAAGAACGAAAACGUUCUUGCUCUGAGCUCCCUUCUUCAAAGACCUUUGGUUAAAGUAGACAACAUUGACGAAGAAACGCCACACAAGUACGCGUUAUCAGUGAGACCGUCGUAUCGUGAUGUCUGUGAUGCUCUGUUUGAUAUGAUAAAGUUCUACUCAUUCACAAAAGUAGCCGUUGUUUAUGAUGCUCGCAAAGCGAGGCAGGCGUCUUUGUUCUUUGCAAAGGUUCGCAAGUGGCCAAGGUAUAAUGCAGAAAUGAUGCCAGAGCUUCCUCUAAACAAUCAGUACAAAGUGAGAGAGGCUCUCACAGCCUUACUGAAGGCACAUAUCAAACAAGUCGUUCUAUUUGCUGAUCAGAAGGACUUGGCAACCAUAAUGAACGAGGCACUAUUUGUGGGAAUCAAUGACAAAGACUUGAAGUGGAUAGCCUCAGAUCUGGAAGUGGCAGGUCCAAACAAGACUUACCCCUCCAUUCGCGGUCUGGUUGGACUGAGUCUUCAUCUCGGUAACACCACAGCGGCGAAGAGAUUAGAACAUAUAUCAAAAAAUAAAGUCACUGUGCCUCGUGGAGCAAACCACUACUCAUUGGAAAUGUACUCCGCGGUGCAUGAUGCAGCUUCUGUAGUAGUAAAAGGAUUAAAUAUAUUCUUGUCAAACAAGACCAGGGUAGAUAUGGCAAUUGAAUUCUCGCCCAACCAGAAGUGCCCUCUACGAAGCAAGGAAGAUUCAAUGGCACAGGCAAUUCUAGACGAUUUCAAAAAGGUCAGUUUUAAGGGCUUCACAGGAACUGUAGCAUUUAAACGUACAGGGGAACGGAAAAUAAAAACUGGCAUGGACAUUUUGAAUAUUCUUCGGGAGGAAGUAAAGAAGAUUGGUUCAUGGAAACCAGAGCUGGGAAACAAUGGACGCAAUGUUUUGCCUCGGAGUAGUGAAGAGCCUAAGUGGAUCGGAUGUUUUUAUGAGUCUGUGAAAUGCCAUAAUUACGAUCCAGAACUCACAACCAUUGGCCUUACACCAAAGCUACCAAAACUAAAUAUUACCACAGUGCUGGAGCCACCAUUUGUGGAAAAAGUAAAUAAAUCUUCCAAACUUGUGGAUCUAGCUGGAAAAGUUUCUAAAGGAGAUCUUCAAGGAUUCCUCAUUGAUGUGAUUGACGAACUGUCUAAAGAAGCUCAGUUUGAUUAUGAUAUCUAUUUGAGACCUGACAGAAAGUAUGCAAAUGUGAUUGAGGAACUGAAAAAUCAGGAAAAGGAUAUGGCACUUGCACCUAUAACGAUAACUGCCCAACGUGAGCAGGACAUUGACUUUAGUAAGCCCUUCAUGGACUUCAGUUUGAGUCUUAUUAUGCAGAAAGCAAAUGAGCCAGCCAUCAACAACUUUGCUUUUCUCCAACCAUUUACUGGUCAAGUGUGGCUGUCCACCAUUGGUGUGGUUUUGUUUAUCACUGGAAUGAUGUGUGUCAUGGACUAUUUGAGCCCAUUUGGUUACCGUGCUCGCGCUCUUGAAUCUGACGAAGAGCCUGGAAAUGAGUUUAACCUCUUGAACAGUCUGUGGUUUGCUACAGCUUCCGUUUUACAGCAGGGUCCAGAUAGCACCCCUCUGGCGCCUUCUGGUCGUUUGUUAGCCUCUACGUUCUGGUUCUUUAUCUUGAUCUUGAUAUCUACAUAUACGGCAAAUCUGGCAGCAUUCUUCACGAUCAAACGUACUGCUGAUACAAUUAAUUCGUUGGAGGCUCUGGCGAACCAAAACAAAAUAAAAUAUGGUGUUAUGGACGGGGGUUCAGUGAUGACGUUCUUUGAGAAUUCAGAGGAUUCGCUGUACAGAAAAAUGUUCUCUCACAUGAGAGAAUAUAAGACCUUUGUUGAUGGGACCAAAGCUGGAGUGGAAAAAGCGAGGACCGAACAAUACGCUUACAUAACGGAAUACCCGUACCUGGAGUACUACAACCAACAGAAACCUUGCAAUACAAGACUGUUAAAAAAUCUGAUUCAAACCAAGAGCUAUGGGAUUGGACUUCAGCGAAACUCGCCAUACACUAACAGAAUUACAGUUGGAAUUUUGAACCUGCGGGAGAGGAACAUUAUUGAGAGGACUCGUAAAAAGUGGUGGGAUGAUAGGAGCCAGUGUCCACCGCCUUCAAAGUCCAAAACUGGCAACACGCAGAGCCUUGACGUUAACAACUUGGCCGGUGUUUUUAUUAUUCUGCUGGGUGGUGUGGUGAUCUCUAUCGUGCUUGUCAUUAUUGAGAUACGCUGCAGGAAGCUGGUGGAUCUCUUGACAAAUGGGAAGCGAGCCAUAAGACACCGCUUGAGACGGGAGUCGAAGGAACCAUCGGAUGACCCUAACAACACCCGCGUGCGUGUGGGAGUGGUUUUGUUACAGGGUGACAGGGUACUUAAACCCAUGCGUCAGAAUACGCCUCAAACUUCUGGCUGGAGAAAGUUGUUUGGAAAGGAUUAGAGGAAUUGAUGAAGAUUUAGGAAUUUACAUUGUCGUAAAGCUGAAGAAGAAGCAGAUGGUGGUGAAGUUAUUCCCACGGAGAACAUCCGUUUUGUUGAACCGAGGGUCACAGCUCCAUACAUGAUUAAUUUGCGUCCACACUAUGACAAGUAUGCAUUUGCACCCGAGAG